UCCAUACUAUUAAGAGAGCCUGACGAAUCCACAGUAGCAGCUUACACGAUUAAUUUAAGUAACAGACAAUGGUGUUCCUGAAGUCAGUGGACAUCUUAGGAUUUUUUAUAGCUUUAGAACAAGUUCGUUGUCAGUUUGUGUACAACAUGGACAGUUGCACCAAUGUGACAUUCCACAGAAGGUCUGAGAUGGAUGAUCUGGUGUUUGCCGGGAGCCUGAUAGAAGAGAUCAACCAGGUGGACAAGAGGGCUGAGUGCUUCUCUCAGUGUCAGUGGCGGGCGGUGUGUAACCUGGUCUUGUACAACCCGCUCACUAGGAAGUGUCGACUGCUCUCUGAAGGCUUAAGCAGUGAAGGUAUAUUCGAGAGCGGAUGGCAGUAUUAUGGGGCUGCCUGCGAUGACUACAGAUUGGCAAAUAGCCGGGAGGGCGUCGACGUCAUCGACACAGACCCAGCGGAGAUGUGCAAGAGCAGCUACUAUUCAACGUCUGACAUUUCCUCUUCCUGUUUUAGAGGAGCAUCCUGGAAAACAGUAAAAAUAAAGUGUCUUUCGUGUUAUAGUCUUGCUGCCCGUCCGUCGAUGGAUCCAACGGUCUCCUACGUGGAAAAUCUGGACUUUGAUCUCGACUUUGGAAUGACAUUGAAGUUCAGAGUAUCCGGAAGUGAAACACGAUUCAACCAGGUGUGGCUGAUGCUUCCCAAUCAAGACGUUGUCUACCAGUUGUCAUUAAGGUGGGACUAUCCCUACGUUGGAUUCUAUAAAAUUAUCUUCAACACUCGUCAAGGAAACGCAUGGGGUGCUGAGUUUCGGACCGACUUUAUCCCAAAGAGUUCCGACAACUAUGUGAUUGAGAUAUCCAUAACAGAGACGUCUUUCCUGACGUACGUCGAUGGAACUUUGUGGAUGACUAACCCAAUCCGCUUUCCUCUCAGCGGUGUCCGACGUAUCGAGUUUGAUGGAUUCACUGCCCUCCAUGAAUUCAACAUCGGGAAGGCAAUGUGUUGAAGAAGAUGAAACACCUAAAUUCGCUAAUUUUAAAGCAGUUAGCUGUAAAUUUCUGUAUCACAUUUGAUGGACAGACAAACAGAUUGUUUUUACAGAUUCACCUCAUAUUAAGAUGAAUGACGUGGUAAAAAAAACAUCAUAUAGUCACCCGUCUAUGGAUUAUGAAAAUACAAUUGCGACUUGCAACAACAAUUUACAUACCAUGAUAUAAAAUAGAUUUGCGUUGAUGUAAUAAAAGUUUGCGGGUGUUGGCAGCUCAGAACAUUACAUCGGGUUUAGACAGAAUAAAAGACACUUUUUAAACGUCAGAAUAAUCAUUGAAAAUAUCAUCGACUUGAAUACAUUCUUAAUAAUGGCGCUCUAAUUUCAUUAUAAAGGGCACAGUGUAUCAAGAAAUAACAUUCAUGUUCCACACACUCUUUACAAUUAAAACACACCCUCUCUUCCAAAGGCAAGUUUUUCGUAUCUUCCUGUUUCUACUCUUAAAGGCACUACACCACAACGCAGUUGAGCCAGUGAACUUCUUUGUGACCAGGGGAGGGAACUGUAUGUACUACUCAGCUCCAUGGAUGAAUUUAAAAUGUUGAUGAAUCCUCAGUUAAUUUCUUCCAUUGCCACGUUGACUUUGCAGCUGCUGCACUUUACUUUUCCAGUAGAUUUGCAUGUGUUUGACAGAUG